AUUGACUGGCGGAUGGGCGAUUCUGACGACACGCCGACCGACAUCGACAAACUCUGCGUAGCUGUCCCGGAUGACUUGGCGAUGGUGAUUCGGAAACAAGCUGACAUAUUUCCAGAUGACCUACCAGAGGGUUUGCCACUUGAGCUAGAACAUGUCCACACAAUCGAGCUCGAGCCCGGCGCACAGCCUACUGUUGGAACUCAGUGGCAGCUAACUCAGCUAGAGCUGGAUGAGCUUCGAAGCCAGCUGGACUACCUGCUCGAGAAAGGUUUCGUUCGCCCCAGCACAUUACCGUUUGCAGCUCCGAUCCUGUUCACCCCGAAGAAAUAUGGCGGGAAUAUAGUUAAGCAAGAGCAUGGUAACUGCCAUCUUUCCCCAUCAGCUAACUGCCAUCAGCUAGCAGCAGCAGCAGACGCAGAAGCAGCAGCAGUAGCAGCAGCACUAGCAGCAGCAGCAACAACAGCAGCAGCAGCAGCAGCAGCAGCAGAAGAAGGAGCAGCAGACGCAUCAGCAGCAGUGGCAGCAGCAGCAGCAUCGGCAGUAGCAGCAGCAGCAGCAGCAGCAGCAGCAGCAGCAGCAGCAGCAGCAGCAGCAGCAGCAGCAGCAGCAGCAGCAGCAGCAGCAGCAGCAGCAGCAGCAGCAGCAGCAGCAGCAGCAGCAGCAGCAGCAGCAGCAGUAGCAGCAGCAGCAGUGGGAGCAGCAGCAGCAGCUACAGCCAUUCCCAUCCUCCCCUCCUCUUUGAGACGCCGCGGGUCCACCCGCCGCCGCUCCCUUCCGACCACCGCGGGUCCACCCGCCAUCGCCUUCCUCCCACUCCGUUGAUUUUUGUUUUUAAUCCCCAUUGGGAUCUU